UGGUGAGGAAUGAUUAUUUUUCGAUCGCUGAGAGUGCGUUUUUGGCCCGUCUGGCCUUCAGUUGCCUCUCCUAUAUAAGCAAUCAUUGACUUUCUGCUUUCUCCGGACCUCAGUCGCUCGCCGACAAUCGAACAAACUAUUAUGUGGUCGCAACUGGUCGCCUUAGUUUUGCUCACCCAUAGCAUCUCGCUUUGCGAGCUGGGAGUGAAUGCCGGUGGCUCUCUGAAGGUUCUAGGCCUGUUUCCUCAUCCGGGAGUUAGUCAUUUCCACUUCUUUCAUCCAAUUAUGGAGGGUCUAGCAGAGGCCGGGCAUGAGGUGAGCGUGGUCUCACACUUUCCAAACAAAAAUCCGGUCGCACGUUACAAGGAUUUUACACUAUCUGGAGUGGACAAACUUACGAACAGCGUGGAUCUGAAGUUCUUUGAGAAACGACCAUUUUACGGUCACUUCAUCGAGUUCUUUUUACUACACGAAUGGGGUAAACAGGCGUGCAACUCAACACUGCGUUCGGAUGCACUGCAACAGGUUUUAAAGCGCCGUCCAGGAUACUAUGAUGUUAUCAUUAUAGAGCAGUUCAACACGGACUGCAUGAUGGGUGUGGCUCACCAGUUGCAGGCUCCAGUGAUUGCCCUUAGUAGCUGUGUAAUGAUGCCAUGGCAUUUUGAAAGAAUGGGCGCUCCUAUGAUUCCAUCCCACGUGCCGGCUCUUUUUAUGGCCCAAUCACAAAACAUGGACUUUGGAGGACGCCUGGCAAAUUGGUUCAGCACUCACGCGUUGAAUUGGAUGUACAAGUUACUAUCUGUGCCCGCAGCGGAUGCCCUGGUUCAAUUUAAAUUCGGACACGAUGUCCCCUCAGUGGGUGAGCUUGCAAAAAAUACCUCCGUGUUUUUUGUGAACCAACACUAUUCGCUGAGUGGUCCAAAGCCGUUGCCUCCAAACGUGAUUGAGUUGGGUGGUAUUCACAUACAGAAAUCUAAACCUCUGCCGGCCGAUUUGCAACGCAUCUUAGAUAGCGCAGAGGAGGGGGUCAUCUUAAUUAGCUGGGGCUCUAUGAUCCGCGCCAAUUCCUUAUCUGAUGCCAAAAGAGAUGGAAUUGUUCGAGCAGUGGCGCGGUUGAAGCAGCAGGUGAUCUGGAAGUGGGAAAACGAAACCCUGCCUAAUAAGCCACAGAACAUGCACAUUAUGAAUUGGCUACCCCAGAGGGACAUCCUUUGUCACCCCAACGUAAAGGUAUUUAUGACCCAUGGUGGACUUAUGGGCUCUUCCGAGGCCGCUUAUUGCGGAGUUCCGGUGGUAGCUACGCCCAUGUACGGAGAUCAGUUUGUAAAUACUGCUGCCAUGGUGCAAAGGGGAAUGGGAAUUAUACUACAUUUCGAAGACAUUGGCGAGAAUACCGUGAUGCGGGCCCUGAAAAGAGCAUUGGAAAAGAAGUACUAUGAGGCCGCAAAGUCUGUUUCUCACGCCUACAACCACCGCCCACAGCAAGCUCUUCACACCGCCCUUUGGUGGGUUGAGCACGUAGCCCACACUAAAGGUGCUCCUCUCCUGAAAUCCAGUGCCGUCGAGAUGUCGCGAUUCGUUUACUAUUCCCUGGAUGUUUAUGCCUUUCUUUUGGUUGUCUUCGUCAUCAUAAUUGCCAGUUGGGUAUGGCUCAUUCGACGCAUCUGUGGGUCAAAAGCUGCCAAAAAGACAAAGCAAGAUUAGCAACGUUGCGAUUUGCUUAUUUGUGGUGUAUGUGAUAUUUUAAAUGAUUGUGUAAGAAACUCUUAAGUGUAUAGACGCCAAUCCUCUCAUGCUUGCUGCAUGCAAUAGUCCUUAAAUUGGAUCUA